AUGAACGCACAUCAAGGCCGGGAGGUCUCAAAUGAGCACGAUGUGGCUAUCAUCGCAGACCUCCUCGCAUCUGAAGCAGGAGACCAGCGAGAUCGUCAAUACGCGCAGGCACUUGAGCAUCAGCACAUUGAGGAACCAGAAGGCGACGAUAACAUAUCAGACGAGGAAAUGAACGAUGAGUUUGUUGAUGAUCUUGACGACCUGCCUGACGGAGUAUCAGACUUCGAACUUGAAGCAGACGCGGAGGAGCGUCAGCUCACUGAGGAACCAGAUGACCAAGACGACAUGUCAGACGACGAAAUGAACCUUGACGACGAGGAUCUUCGUGAUAUGCUUGACGACCUUUCUGAUGGGCUACCAGACUUUGGACCUGAAGAAGAAACAGAGCAGCAGGACCAACAACUCAUCGCCCCCGAGGACCCUGCCACACAAACAUCUCCUCAACCAAGAACGAAAGAAUGUGACGUCUGCAAGGGGACGUUCCCUAUCAUGACAACCCUGAGACUACCAUGCUCGGACAGCUGCUGCCAUCCAUGCCUCAUCAGACACCUCACAGCAUCUCUGAAGAACGAAUUUCUCUUCCCGCCCAAAUGCUGCGGCGAAGAGAUCCCUAUCAAAACCAGCGAACGCUUCCUACCAUCUGAUCUGGUACAGCAGUACCAUGAGAAGAUGGUUGAGCACAAGACAAAAGAUCGGACUUAUUGCAUCAAUCUUCAAUGUCUCAAGUUUAUUCCACCCAAGAACCUUUCCGAGUCCGGUGAGCCGUGCUACAAGGACGAAGAGCAGUGCAGCAAUUGCUUCGAGAUCACUUGCACCAAGUGCAAGAGCAAGGCGCACAACGGCGCGUGUGAGAAGCAGGUCGCGAGAGAUCAGGUCUUGGCUCUCGCGGAGGAAGAAGGUUGGAAGCAGUGUGGACGGUGCGGCCACCUCAUCGAGUUGACCCUUGGUUGCAUCCACAUGGAGUGUUCCUGCGGUCAUGAGUUCUGCUACAUCUGUGGUAAGGAAUGGGGGGGGAUGCGCAUGUAG